GUAAUACACAUAAUAUGAGGCCCAGCUGGCAGUUGUGAUGGAUAGGUAUUCAGGUAUCGGUAUCUGGUUCCAUGUCAAUUAAUAACCUGGCUGAAGGGGGGGGGCGCCAGGAGAAAAAUUCUUGCCAAGCCGGAGAAUCAUUGGCAAAUAAGCCCGGGGAUUUGCGGGUUCUUCAGAUUGUUGACAAUCUCUUCCACGUGACUUCUCGGCUAGCCAGAAAGCUCCAGUCCCGAGAAAUAACUCGUUUUCAGCAAACCUCUACCUUCUCCCGAAGACCGCAACCUCCUCUCCUCUCCUCCAGUACCCGUCUUAAUCAUCUGUCAGGAUGUUCAAGAGCAGCUUUGCCAGGACAGCACGCUGUUCCCUCUCGGCCGCGGCGGCGAGCCGUCGGGCCAUCCGCCCUGCCAGCCUCAACAUCAAAAGCCCGCUGCUGAGCAGAUUCGCCAGCACUGCCGGUGCUACUGAUGGACGGAUUUACCAGGUCAUCGGUGCAGUCUGCGACGUCAAGUUUGACACUGACAAGCUGCCCGCUAUCCUGAACGCCCUCACAACCGAGAACAAUGGCCAGAAGCUCGUUUUGGAAGUCGCGCAACAUCUCGGCGAGCACGUCGUGCGAUGCAUUGCCAUGGAUGGUACCGAAGGUCUCGUCCGAGGCGCCAAGGUCGUCGACACUGGCGCCCCCAUCACUAUUCCCGUCGGACAUGGCACACUUGGGCGUAUCAUGAACGUAACAGGUGACCCCAUCGACGAGCGGGGCCCCAUCAAGACUGAGCAGUUCCGCCCCAUCCACGCCGAAGCCCCCGCAUUCAUCGAGCAGGCGACGGAAGGAGAGAUUCUGGUGACCGGUAUCAAGGUCGUCGACCUCCUCGCCCCUUACGCUCGUGGUGGAAAGAUCGGUCUCUUCGGAGGUGCCGGUGUCGGCAAGACCGUCUUCAUCCAGGAGCUCAUCAACAACAUCGCCAAGGCGCACGGUGGUUACUCAGUCUUCACCGGUGUCGGCGAGCGUACCCGUGAGGGUAACGAUCUGUACCACGAAAUGCAGGAGACCUCCGUCAUUCAGCUUGACGGCGAGUCCAAGGUCGCGCUUGUCUUCGGUCAGAUGAACGAGCCCCCCGGAGCCCGUGCCCGUGUCGCCCUUACUGGUCUGACUGUUGCCGAGUACUUCCGUGACGAGGAGGGCCAGGACGUGCUCCUCUUCAUCGACAACAUCUUCCGUUUCACCCAAGCUGGUUCUGAGGUGUCUGCCCUGCUCGGUCGUAUCCCAUCUGCCGUCGGUUAUCAACCCACCCUCGCCGUCGACAUGGGUGGUAUGCAGGAGCGUAUCACCACCACCAAGAAGGGAUCAAUUACCUCGGUCCAGGCCGUCUACGUGCCUGCUGACGAUUUGACUGAUCCUGCGCCCGCCACCACCUUCGCUCACUUGGACGCCACCACUGUCUUGUCCCGUGGUAUCUCCGAGCUGGGUAUCUACCCUGCCGUCGACCCUCUGGACUCCAAGUCUCGCAUGCUGGACCCCCGUAUUGUCGGCCAGGACCACUACGAUACCGCCACCCGUGUCCAACAGAUCCUCCAGGAGUACAAGUCGCUGCAAGAUAUCAUUGCCAUUCUGGGUAUGGACGAACUCUCAGAAGCCGACAAGCUGACUGUCGAGCGUGCCCGUAAGAUCCAGCGUUUCCUGAGCCAGCCCUUCACUGUUGCUCAGGUCUUCACUGGUAUCGAGGGUACCCUUGUCGACCUCAAGGACACCAUCGCCUCCUUCAAGGCCAUCCUGAGCGGCGAGGGUGACAGCCUGCCCGAGGGUGCCUUCUACAUGGUUGGCGACUUUGCUUCAGCACGGCAGAAGGGAGAGAAGAUCAUGGCUGAGCUCGAGCAGAACGCUUAAUAUGCGCAUAGAACAAGUUGCUCUUGGCCGGAGGCGGUCCGUCGACUGUAUAGAAGAGGGAAAGAGGUUCCGGGGGGAGGCUCUUGGCUCUAUCAAGUCUCUUUUGUGAGCUGUGUACCAAAGAAUUCAAAGCUAUUUCCUCUUGCAAAUCCCAGUUGCCGCUCCCCAGUAGGUGUUUGUGUGAAUGUCUAUCUAGG